AUGUCUUAUUUACGACGAAAACCUGAAGAUGAAAUUUGGUAUGUACAUUCGCCAUUAAAGAAAGGUAAUCGUGAAUUAGUAACAGCUCCUCCACCAUCUCAAAUUCCAUAUCUCAAUGGUGUAUUCGAUGAUGAAGCAACACUUAAUCAACCAAAAGUUAUGUAUGUUCGAGAUACUGAUACAGAUUAUAUACGACGAUGUAAAUUAGGUAUUAGCCAAAAUUUCCUCAAUCAUGUUGAUCCAGCAACACGUAAAAGCAAAGAACCGGUGCCUUAUCCACGACCACUUUGGUGGGAUGGUUUAUGUGAACAUAGUUCAACUGAUGCUGAUGGUGAUUACCAACAAGAAGGUGCAUCAACGCAACCGAAACAAGCACUUGGCCCUCCUGCAUGGUUUGUUCAUAGAGAACAUAAACCUUCUCCAGAUAGACGACAAGAAGUACCUUCAAAACAAUAUGACUUACCAACAAAAUCUAAAAAGAAAUAA